UGGUGACGGGGGUGGGAGGGUAUUCACUACGCUUAGCCCAGGCUAUAUACAGGACUGCCCCAAAGCUGUCGACCGUGAAGACUGGCGAUGGGUUUGUUCGCAAUCUUCGAGAAGUGAAUCGAGCAUCUAAUUUGCCUGGAGUGAAUGGGGAGAUACACAAAUAAAAUCGCAUUAUUCGGCUACUUCAUCUCUGCCUUGGACCGCUUUCUCAUACAAAUGCCGUUUCUUGCCUCGCCACUUAGACCUUGACUCGAGUGGUUAUACCUUUCGCGCUUUCGCUACAGCCUGUCGUGUGCACCGAGGUUGGUAAAGGUGGGAGCAGACUACAUGAUGAAGUUCAAACCCAACCAGACCCGAACAUACGACGGAGAGGGCUUCAAGAAACGGGCCGCAUGCCUGUGCUUCAAGAACGAACGCGAGGACGAGGUGUUGCUGGUGAGCAGCAGUCGACACCCCGACCAGUGGAUCGUCCCUGGGGGCGGGAUGGAGCCCGAGGAGGAGCCCUGCGGUGCUGCUGUGCGGGAAGUGUUUGAAGAGGCUGGAGUUAAAGGCAAGCUGGGUCGUUUGCUGGGUGUCUUCGAGCAGAACCAAGACCGAAAGAACCGGACCUACGUGUAUGUCUUGACUGUGACUGAGACACUGGAAGCCUGGGAGGACUCGGUUAACAUUGGCCGUAAAAGGGAAUGGUUCACCAUAGAGGAGGCCAUCAAGGUGCUGCAGAGCCACAAGCCGUUCCACGCUGAAUACCUCCGGCGGUUACGCCUCAACUGCUCCUCCAGCUCCAACGGCAACUCGCUUCUGACCCCAACCUCCUCCAACGAUAUUGCAAGCCGCUACAACAACCCCCAACCCACCUCUGUGCUUGGCACUUCCUGCAGAUAGGACUGCAGCACCCCCCCUCUCCCCUCCCCUGGCAGUCAGGGUGCCAUGAAGCCAUGGUGCCAAUCCUGUUUGGACCAUCUUCUCUGAAACAUAUCUGUACAGUUUGGGGGCUAAUGCAGAAACCCACCACCUGACACCGCUGAUGAUUGCAUGAAUCCGACACUCGUCACGGCAACGUGCCGCCUCACCUCACCUCACCUCACCUACGUCAUCUAGCAAUGUAUGAACUCUAUCGAAACCAAAGCCAUAGCUGUGGUACUGUGCUCAAGGUCAGGGAGUGGAAAAAUGCCUUAAGUGAGUUCCCCCUUUGUGGUUGGUCCUUUGGGUCAGUCCAAAGGGUUCUUGGUGAUUGUUAGGAAGAAAAUAUUUGGCUGCAACGUGGGAAUGUUGAAUUUAUGACAUUUAUGAGACUGGGAUAGAGUAUUUGUGGGGACGGUGUUUUUUUGCGGGGUAUAUAUGCGUAGAGUAUGUGACUGUGGCUGUGUCCAUGUGUGCAGAAUUGGAAGAUUCCACUUGCAAAGGUCUAUCCUAAAUGGCUGAGGGACUGUGUGUUAUUGGAUCGCCAAGGGGGGGGGGGGGGGGGGGCAUGUGAUGAGACCCCUCGGGUUGCACAAGGACCACAGCAUAGUGAAGACGCGGCUUGUGAAAGUUGGAUGAGGUUUUGACCCCUUGGAUCUUUCCCAAGUGGCUUAGGUCAUUGCCUUGGGAGUGAUGAAAGAUCUACCUCUGUGUGAUGGAUGAUUCUGGGAAGGCUGGUCUCAUCAGCCUUCUCCCUUUUGGACCCUGUUGCUGAGCUGAAAAUAACUGAGGAUUCAAGUGAGAAUGCAGUUUGUUGAGUUUUGUGGUGUUCUACAAUGUUUUUUUUUUUUUUAAAACUAUCCAGUCCAAUCUCAGGCUUGUGGACUAGGACUGAGUGACUGGUGAAAGCCUCUAUCUAAAGUAGGCACUUUAGAUAGAGGCUUUCACCAGUCACUCAGUCCUAGUCCUCCUAAGUUCUUAAAUACUUCAAUACUACCUUUAAAAAAAGGUUUUAAUCCAGUUUAAUCCAUAGACAAGAUAUGAUUCAACAACUUUCACAGAUACUUGAUGACCUUAAAGUCAACAGCUAUGGACAGAACGUUUGUAUCAUGGAAAGAAUGCCCGUAAUCAAAAACCACAACAGUAAUGAAGGUCAUACAUAGCCCACAUUUGGGGAACAAAACAGCAUCUGGUGUCACUUAAAAUCACUAGAAGCUAAGCACAUGGAAAUACACUCUGGCAAUGCAAGUCACAGACUUAUUCCAACCUAAACUGAGAUAUUUUGUUUUAAAUGUGGGUCUUAGGAACCCCAUCCUCCUCUGUCCACUGUUCAUUGGCCAACUGUCCGUGCAUAGCUAUCAGUGCUGCUUUCAGAUACUGUUCUAUUUGCAUAUUUAAACCCAAUAGCCUGAGAAAGGCACAGGAGGGCCUGCAGCUUUUUUUGGCCGACCAGUCCUUCCAUGUCAUCCAGAACCGUUCACUUAACAUUUGGCAGCAAGCACACUGUCCCUAAACACUCCCUUUUAUCCAUGUCACAGCACGUUCCCCACUGUGCUCAGUGGGAAAUAAAGAAAUAAAGAAAUAAAUAACGAGCCCUUUAGAGCCACUUAGCAUCUAGCCUUUGUGCACUUACAUUGACUGACCCUGGACAAAAUAUGAAUUAAUUAGCUUUGUUUUAGCUAUCACAUCACACAAACAAAAGUAACUCUUGUCGGAUUACCAACACUUAACAAGUCAACGCUACUCCCAUUCCAGUUAUUCAUUUCUUAGAAUUUGAAUUUGAAUUGCUGAAUAGGAAAAGAGCAGUAUCCCUUGCCCAAAAAGAAAUGAAAGAAACUGAAGGACUGACUCAACAAAUGUUAUGUAAAUAUUCUAAGGAAGGAAAGGAAGAUAACGAGAGUGUGUUCUUUUUUUUGGAAAUGCAAAAGUGUAUUAAUCUUACUCUGAUGAAUAACUUUUCUAUUCUUUUUUUCUAAUGAUGUUAAAAAAAAAAAAAAAAAAGACCUGACAGGAGAAGACUGUGAUGAACUCUAUUGUAAAUGUGUGUAUUUUCUCAAAGGUUAAGUGUCAUACCUUCGUCAGAGGGUAUCUAAGCAACGCCCCCACCACCAUCACAAACACGCAACUUAAUGGUCCCUCAGAGUGCUCUUAAAGGGGUGGUGCUUGUCAUUGUCUGGCCACAGCGUAAGAGGCCUUAAAUUGAUGAGAAUGUAUCGGCUAAUAUUCUGUAUAUUGUGUUGGAGGCUGUUUUAGUUCAGGUUCCUCCAGAGGGAAUGAAAGUCCAGUAGGUGGCAGAAGUGGUUCAUUUCUCCAGGACUAACUAUUUAAAGUACUAGCUGUGAGGUUCCACACUGGGCCUUAUGUUUGACUCUCAGAGGCCAGUCAAACUGUUACACUACAAAAGAAACUGUAAAGCAACUAGUACAAAUUAGCUGGGUCCUGUAAGCAGGUUUUGUUACCUUUAAGUCAAACAUAAUUCUCAAGGAAAUCAUUGCGAGUUAGAGCUACAAAUGAUCAAAUUUAUAUAUAUAUAUAUAUAUAUAUAUGUAAUUUAUUUGUAUGUGUAACUUAGUUUUUAUCUGACAUUAAUGAUUGCUCUAAUGACCUCUAUUAAAUAGAAUUAGUAUUAUGAAAAUUAUGAGAAUAUUAUGAAAUUAUACAACUAUUUGUAUUUGUGUUCCAUGGCAAGGUUUGGACCCUGCGAGUAAAUAAGAAUUGUAUUAAUAUGAUCUCCUUUCACCCCGUCCUUUCUAAUUGGAAAACACAAAGUCAUGCCAUUUUAUCAGAGACGCUAAAAUGAUUUUGGUUUUAUCAGUUCAGUCUGUUUGGGUGGGGGUAUUAAAGCAGGAGAGAGAACCAGUGCCAAGUUAUCAGAUACAUGAUGGAAUAACAUAAUCUGCAAUAUACCACCUCCCCUCUCUAAAGCAUUGCCUUCUCAGAAUGUCUGCUGUGGGGCAGGAAAUAUGGUUCACAAUAUAUUACCUACAUUGCUGAUACUUGUAAAUAUAAUAAUUUCUACUGCAGUAGAUCAGCACCUUCAGAUAAAGCUAAUACCUGGAGAUGAGUGUGUGUGUGUCUGUGUCUGUGUGUGUGUGUGUGUGUGUGUGUGUGUCUGUAUGUGUGUGUGUCUGUGUGAUGGUCCUGGUUGCCAUGGAGACGGGCGGGUAGAUGGGAGAAUCAGGAGCCCUGUUGCUGAUGUGAAUGUCGUACAGCACUGAUGUCAUAGCAGAAGACUGCGUGGGAGUGUGGAUGCACUGUCCUGUCUUUCAAUGCAAAGUGGAUGAAUCUCCUCUUUCUCUCUGUUUCUGUCUAGUGGAAUGCUAAUGUGUACAGUUGUCAAAUCAGACAUGUCGAUCAGUCCCUCAAAAAGGCUGUAUCGUAUUUUAAGUGAACUUUCAUUAAAAAGGGAAAUACUUGAUUAACUGAA